UUCUUCUUCUUCUUCCCUUUUGCUUCUGAAGAUCUCUCGGCUACUCUCCAGAACAGUUGAACCGUAGCUCGGGACGAUUUCUGAUUGCCAACAAUGUCUUGACGAGGUGAAAUUAGUGGCUUCUUAAUUACUUGACUUUGAAUUGGAGCAUUUUCUGUGUAUAAGUGCAAAAAUACACAAUUAUAUUUGGGAAUUUAGGGUUUAAUUGGAAGGAGGAAAUAGUAUGGGGAAAGUGUCUCCAAAAGAGAGGAAUCGGAAACAGAAAAAGCGAUUAAGGGGCUCAAGCAAGUAUCUGAAGCCCCGUGCUCUUGCUCGGCUUCGGUACAGCAAGGCCUCGGCUUCGAAAUCUUGUACUGAUCUUGGGAGGAAAAGAGUCGCUGUGUUGGAGACCGAGAAGGCUGAGAGUGACAUUGUUUUGGAAGAGAAUGCUAUUGACAAAAGUCCUUUGAUGCUUUCGCCAGUGAAUUUAGUCAAACAGAGUAGUUUUUUUGGAACCCCGAAGACUCCUACGUUCGAGGCUUGCCAGUCAGAGUCGAGGCUUGAGUCUCUUCCCAUGGAUUUGCUGGUAAAAGUACUCUGCCAUUUGCAUCAUGACCAGUUGAGGGCAGUUUUCCAUGUUUCUCAGAGAGUUAGAAAAGCUGUUUUGAUUGCAAGGCAGUUCUACUUUAAUUAUACAACCCCAGAUCGCUCUCGGCAGGAGAUGUUGAGAACGAUGACACCCCGGCCUACAGAACAUUGGCCGUUUGCAAGCAAAGGGGAUGGAAAAGGAAUCUGGUUGCCUAGUCCGCACACCCCAAAAGCACCAAGGCAAGGUCCUCGUCCCCCAUCUCGCCUCAAAGCCUCCGAGGUGCGGCAAGUUGCCGCUGUUCUUUUUCAGGAGUCAGCUCUACCUGCUAGAUGCAUGGUGCCUUCUGUUUUAGCAAAGCCACUGUGUAAAUCAUUGGCUUCGAAUCGAGUUCUAUUCUAUGAGGAAGAGUUAUGCCAAGCUGUAGCUCAGAAUAAACUUAGGUGAAUUCCCAUUCCCUCUAGCUCUCUUCUGUAUAUAUAGUAGCGUGAUGGUGCAAUUUUGUAGCUUUGGUUGGGGAAUGUUUAGUUUUAGGUUACAUAUGAGAUGUUGUGAGAAUAAGACAAUUUCAAUCUUCCCUUUUUGUAUAUUUCCAAUAUAUGUU